AUGAGAGUUCGAUAUACAGUUGAACAUUUUCAUUUAGUUCGUGUGAGACCACAACCACCGAAAAAAACAAAUCCAUCAUCCUCCAAUACACCGAAUUCUUCAUCUUCUGGCAAACCUCUUUGUCCUAUUUGUUGUCGCGAUGAUCGUGUCAGUGAUGUUGCUCGUUUUAGUGGUAUUAGUAGCUAUGAUUCUCGUUUUAUGGCUGAUUAUUAUUAUGAUUUCGGCUCUAGUCGAAUGUCAGUUGGUAAACGUACCGGUUUUUGUUUUUUUCGACCAAGUGGUGCAGAUGUGGCUUUUAUUUGUGAUGUUAAACAUUGA